AUGACUUGGUUUCCACGCGCCGAGCUGCAUGAGGACAACCCUGAUGCAACUGUGCAGGAACUGGCAGCGGCUGUUUCCAAGCAGUUUGGAGAGGACAGUUCAGUGUAUGCCCGUGCAAUUUCUUGCAUUUCAGAUUCUGACUUCAGUUCUCAGCAGCGCAAGCUCAGAGCAAGUGCAUGCAACAAGUGGUUAUCAAUUUUGAUGGUUUCUUUGCAGUCGAGUGAUGUUGGCCGUAAUAUUGCAGCUUUGGGUCCACUUGCUGACCACCAUGCAGAAGCGUUGGAGAUUCUGGAAGCUGUCAUAGGAGUGCGGUCAUAUCACACGUCCAUCUGCGCGGCCAACGCAGUCCUGCGAUAUCUGAGGGAGACGUAUGCCAAGUUUGUCAUGGGAUUUGAAUGCAUGGAUACAAUUUUGAACAGCAAACGCCUGAGGGGUUUUAGCGACAUCAUGUUUGCCUCGAAGCGGAAGCUCCAGCAGGCGAAGACGUUGACGGUGCAGCAGGUGAAGGCUUUGCACCUGGUACUGGAAAACCCUGGAGCUGACAGUUUUGACAGGGCUGCGGCUGGAUUUUUGCUGACAGCAGUUUAUGGACGGUGCAGAGUGUCAGACUUGGCAUUUCUGGAUUCCAUUAGACAUGACCAUAACGGGCAAGACGGGUUUGUCGAAUUUUUCACAACCGUCCACAAGACUGGAAGGAGUGCUGCGAAGAAAUCUACGCUUUUGCCAAUUUUGUGCCCUGCUCACGGUGUAACGGGCUCCAAUUGGGCGGCAUUGGCAAAAUCAGUUUUUGAGCAGGUUGGCUUGGUUUUCAAUGGACCAGUUGCUGGACCCUUGCUAUGUCCUCCGAGUCACGAGGGGCCUUUCUUGUGCAAACGCAGUGUGACUUCAGGCGAGGUCGGAAAGUUGCUGAGAGGGUUGGUGGGCGAGGACAUUGAAGUCCCCAAUCGGGAUGUCCACCAUCUCAGUUCGCAUUCUUUGAAAGCGACAGGCCUCUCUUGGGCAGCCCGCUACGGAAUGUCGUGGCCGGACAGAGCGAUUCUUGGUCGCCACCAAUCUCACACGAACGAGACGGUGGCAGUCUACUCACGUGACCUUGCAAUUGGUCCGGUGACGCGCUUCGCCGAAGUCAUCAAAGCCAUCAAGGUUGGCGCUUUCUGCCCCGACGCGGAGAGGAGCCGUUUCUUUCCUUUCCCUCCAGUGCCACCGUCCAGUGAAGCAGCUGAACGACAGAAGGUGGUUCUCAGCGACAUGGUUGGAGCUGGCUGUGGCAAUGUGGAAAGAUGCAAGACUGAGUUGGACGAGUGCCCAGGGCAAGAUGUUGUCGUCAUUGACAGCAGCGAUUCGUCUGACAGUGAGAGUGGUGACUCAUGCAUAGAGACAGACGAAGGCAGUGCUGAGGAAGGGCCGCCAAAGAGGCCCAAGCUGCAAGAAGGCCGAGUCUUGCAUAGCGAGACCUCAUGGGUGGCCCACAGGAAAUCGGGCAUUUUGCAUUUCACGUGGUCUGAGCCUUCAGGUGGAUGCCCUGACAGACGGAUGACCGCAUGUGGAAGAACGGUCACUCCAAAUUUCGUGGCCAUGGACAAGUCCACAGAGGGCAAUGCCAUCUGCGUCAUCUGCCAGCGCAGGGCCAAGGAGUGCAGGUUGUCAGAUGCCGCAUUUCAGGAUUUGACGCGUUUGGGCCUUACCUCAUUUGGAUUGCUCGCAUACAGUUUUGGACAACCAGGACAGAACAUUGCAGAUGACUCAUUUAAUGCGUGGGUCAGACAAGAUGUGAAUCCAACAAUCACAUUGGCCGACAGUGCCGCACUGAAACGGCUGCUUUUCGAAGCACAUACAUUGGUGAUGGCGUCCUUGAAAGAGCAGGUGAUCGCACCGGAUGCAGCUGCCUCAAAGAAAGUUCCGGCUACGGAGCGUGAAUCCAAAAUGCAGCAUGUCAGGAACAGCCUCACCGGUCUCCUAAUUGAAGGGCCACUUGAUCCUGGACAUUCACUUCUCGAUGCCUGUGCUCAGAUGCAUUUUACCAAUGAAAUCAAGUACCUUGCUCCUGAACGUUGUGUUAGUCGCAUGCAUGAAGUGACACACCAGAAGAGCCCAGCGAAACAGGUGGAGAUCGAUUCGGACAGAUUGAUCAUCAAGGAACGAAAUGAAAUCCCAGAUGAAGCAGCGCAUUCAGCGCUCCAGGUGAAAGAAUCUUUAGAGCGCAGGGGAAUCGGACUGGUCUUUGCAGACCUGGUAUCCUAUGCAUCAUACAGCAAGUACCUGACGACGCUCUUCUCUCAUAUGCACAGGGACCCACCUCAAGGGUAUGCCAGGACCACAGUUUCCCAGAUUGUAUCAGCAGACAAAGCAGUAUGGGCUAAACUGUUGGAGGACGGAGUGAGGCCUCGUCGAGACCAAGCUGGUGCAUUGCCUCUGGACACGUGCCUUAUGAAGGCCUUGGAGUCGUACAUGGUAUCCUUCACCCUGCUGCCAAUGCCCCAACACAAGAAGCCAGCGGCUUCAGCGGCUUCCCCAAAACCGAAGGCUGCUGUGAAGACUCCACAGUUCAACAAGGUGGCCAAAGGAAAAGGGAAAUCAAAGGGCAGCAAUAAGGGCCCACGAGUGCCCUACCAAAUCAUUCAGGCGGGAGGAGUUGGUAAGACACCGGAUGGAUCGAACAUUUGCUUCAAGUAUAACAUCGAAGGUUGCAAUGAUGCUACCGAUGGGGAGCACCAUCACAAGCCCUGGGGACUUGUCUCUCCAGAGAGAUUUGCUACAGCUGAGGAAACAGCUUACCCACCGAAACUAGCAAAAGCCAUGGCAGAUGCCUUUACGCUUGCACUAGCAAACGACGGCCGUCAACCCAAAGCCUCAAAGACACCCCCAUUGUUAGUUUGGGGUGUGCCUUGGACGUGCAACGAUGUUGUCGAACAAGCCGCAAAGAAGGGGCAUCCGAGAUCAUUCAGUUCCAUGUUGCCAGAAGUUUUGCAAGAUGCAGUGGCCAAAAACCUUUCCAUGUCCAGUCUCGAGCUUGCUGAACUCAGGGCAAAAUGGUUUAAGAAAUGGACCUCAAGAGCCAGGCAUCUGGCACCACAAGAAGCAGAGUUCAAGCGCAGUUUGGCGCCCCAUUUGCAACAUAUCCUGCGUCCAAAACGACUCCUUUUGUUGAAAGAAAUCAUGGAGGAUGAAGGUUAUCCUGACCCUGGCGUUUUUGAUGAGCUUGCUUUCGGAACUGAACUUACAGGUUGUGUCCCACAGACUGGAGUGUUUGACCCUGUCUUUAAGCCAGCCCUUUUGACCACAUGCGAGCUUGCUGAACAGGCUGCAUCUUCGAAUCAGGCCAUUUUCCGGUCAGUCAGAUCGUCAGGAGAUAGUGAAGUGGACAAUAUCGUUUUUCAGAAAACGCUGGAAGAACGGGAUUCCGGCUGGUUGCGAGGGCCAGUGCCGUUUAGUGAACUUGGUUCAGGUUGCGUUCUCAGCAGACGUUUUGGCUUGAAACAAACAAACAAGGUGCGGCUGAUUGAUGACUUGAGCAAGUCCAAUAUUAAUUCCACCGUCCAGACCCCUGAAGCUCCUCGGCCACAUUCCACCGAUGUCGUGGCUUCCAUGGUGUUAGCGUUGUUGCAGGAAUCUUUGGGGAGCCGAGUUCUGGGCAAAACGUUCGAUCUGAAAUCAGCCUAUAGACAGCUGGGCAUCCACCCAAGUUCUUUGAAAUAUUCCUACAUCGCAUGCUUUGACCCCUCGUCCAGAGGACCGGCAGUUUUUCAGAUGUUAGCUGUACCAUUUGGAGGUUCCAGAUCGGUAUAUUCUUUUCUUCGCAUCGUGCGUGUGAUCUGGUGGAUCGCGUGCAAGUGUUUGGCAGUCAUGUGGACAAACUUCUAUGACGAUUUUGUUACCCUCAGUUUUGAAACUGAUGCCGAAAGAACUGGAGCUGCAGUUGAGCUUCUUUUUGAUCUCCUUGGAUGGCGUUUUGCACAAGAGGGUGACAAGGCCAUGCCGUUUGAUUCCAUCUUUGGGGCAGGCUCCAGUUUGCUGAUGGCCAGCUCUUUGGAAGAUUGGGCAAGCUUUGCCUAA